AUGAAAAUAAAAACUUUAAUACUGUUUUUAUUGGAAAUCAAGAUCGCCAAAUGCCUCCAGGCUGAUCUAAUCAGGAACUUCUUCGAUUCGAAAUUCAUUCACGCCAUUUACAUCAAACCUUGUACUGUCAGGGAUGGUUUUAUGGUUUGGAAAGAUUUAACAUUGUAUGGAAAGAAAACAUUGUCAUCUUUAGAUAAUAUCAAAUAUCUUACGACGACGUUUCACAAAAUAGGUAUUUAUGCUGAUCUCACCUGUCAGUGCAAUGUUAACUACAUGGGAAAGGAAAGCCAUGUACAAAACUUGUUCAAUUUGACAUUCACUUGGCUUAUAAAAUUGGAGUCGUCAGAUAGCCAAAAAUUGCUUUCGACCUUGCCCUUAAGGCUUGAUAGUGACGUUACAUGGACUUCAGACGGAAAGUACUUUUUCGAUGCAUACAAAAAUUUAGAAAUGCGUAAUGUCGAAAUUUCACCUGCUUACAUCUGGUCAGUGCGAACAGGAUUAUUUGAUAUCUCCACUAAAAGAAACUACAACUUGAAUCGAGUUAAAAUCAUUGGAGGAAUUGUGGUAAAUAAAAAUGUAUACAGUAGUUACAAUUUUUCAAAAGAAUUACAAAACAGGACUUAUAAUGAAUACAAUGAUUUUGUAAAUAGAUAUUUCUACUCGCUUCAUUUACACCUUGCUUAUUUAUAUAAUUACAACUUGCAGCUUAAAAUGGCUGACAUCAACGGGUUAAUUCAUUCAAAUCAGUUUACUGGAAUGAUCGGACAGCUUUUACAAGGAGAAACUAACAUUACCGUAGGGCCUGUCCAAAUGGAAAAAAAAUUGAUGGACGUCUUUCAUGCCACUGUUCCAGCGCAUGAAUUACAGUUAAGUUUUUUAUUUAAACAACCAAAACGUGUGGAAACGUACCAAGCUAUAUUUCUUCAACUCCACUUCAGUGCUUGGUUAGGUGUUGGAAUAUUGUGUUUGGCCGCGAUUUUAACUUUUUACCUGUCAGAACGUGUCCGGGAAAAAUAUUUCAACUACAAAGACCCUCAUCACGGUUCUUUUGUCAAUUGUGUUUUAUUGGUUGUAGGAUCAAUAACAGCUCAAGGUGCUGAGACAACACCAAGAGAUUUAGUUGGUCGUAUCAUAUGCAUUUUUAGCCAUGUUCUUGGAGUAAUGGUGGUAAUAUAUUACAAUGCCGCAACAGUGAAUGCAGUUCUAUCUCCUGCUUCUUUAUCAAUAAUAGACAUUAAAAGUCUAUUAGAUAGUAACCUCAAAUUAGUAUUUAUGGAUUCUUAUUUUACACAAAAUGAAACAAUUGAGAGACUUGUAACAAAUGAAGUUCUGAAUAAAGCUUAUGAAAGUAAUACACCUCCCUUAGAACUUGAAAAAGGACUUCCUUUGAUUUUAAACAGAUACGCUUAUUGCGGAGAGAUCAAUACCCUUUAUAAAGGGAUUAACAGACUGUUCACUGAAGAACAGAAAUGUGAUUUAUCGUCAAUAACUGCUUUUCCAAAACUACCAAUGACAAACCUCUUAAAGAAGGAGUCACCAUUGCAAGAAAUCAUAGCCAGAGGGUUAAUAAGACUCAAGGAAAAUGGAAUAAGCAAAAGAGAACGAGCAUACUGGUUUCCCAGACGUCCACGGUGUGUUAUGAAUCGUCCAUAUCACAAUGUCAACCUGGAAUCUGUAUUAAUAGCAUUGGGUGUGGUAUCUGCUGGAGUAUUGAUGGCAGUGCUCAUCUUAAUCUUUGAGUUUCUCUUCAAGCAAAUGGCAAAAAUAUUUCAUUUAAAACAAUAUUAAAUAAGCAUAAGGAAUUUUUAAAUA